CCCCGCCCCGCUCCAGCUCUCUGCGCAUGCUCAGUGGAGUCCGGUCCCGAAAUAAACUUUCCUGUGGACUAUGCCGCGGCCAUACCCGCUCCCGGGACCCGUCAGGCCAUAUCUGGCUGUGCUCAGGACUUACUCCUGGCUCUGGGCUUUGGACCAUAUGCGAUGCCAGGGACUGAAUCCGGGUCAGCCAUGUGCAAGGCAAAACUUGAUAGAGGCGGCCAAGGCCCGCCUGAAAGCGCAUGACAUCGGGGCCAAAUAUUCUCACUUAGCAUAUAAAAAAUACUCUAUCCUGUUGCCACUGUUGGUUAAGGAAGAGAGGCUCCACCUGUUAUUCACCCUCCGGUCACAGAAGCUGAGGCAGUGGCCAGGAGAAGUGUGUUUCCCUGGAGGGAAGCAGGACCCUGCCGACGUGGACGAUGUGGCCACUGCACUCCGGGAGGCCCAAGAGGAAGUGGGGCUGGAGCCGAAGCAGGUGGAAGUUGUUUGCCACCUGGUGCCCCAUCUGCUGCUAGAUAAAGGUUCCAUGAUCACCCCAGUUGUGGGGUUUAUAGACCACAACUUCCAGGCACAGCCCAACCCUGAUGAAGUUCAGGACGUGUUCCUGGUGCCCUUGGACUAUUUCUUGCACCCCGUGACCUACCAGCAGAAGCACUUUGUCAAGAAUGGGCAUACCUUUCCCAUCCAUUGCUUCCAGUACACCAGCCCUGAAAAUGGGGUGACCUACCACAUCCGGGGAAUAACUGCCAGGGCGGCCCUGCUCGUCGCCUUGAUUAUUUUGGGGGAGAAACCCACCUUUGAGGUUGAAUUCAAUCUCGACAAUCUCAUCUCAUCCGCGGAAGAACUCUUUUUAAAGUAUUACAAACAGGACAUUAACAGCAAAUUAUGAUUCUAGAGGCCAAUACUCAGUAUUGUCAGUAUUUCAGAGACGGGUUUUCGCAUCUACUCAUGGGCUCACAAAACAGUAAUGACAACUGUUAGAAUUUGA